AUGAUCCGUCAGACACCCGACCACGGUAUCAUAAUGUUGAUCGUUUAUUUCCUGUUGGUGUUGGGCGCUGGACGUCUCAUCGAUGCCGAAAAAGCCAAGUGUUGCGGCCGCGUGACCGGGAACUGUAGGAGAGCCUGCGAACAAUUGGCUGUUUUACAAGAAUACCCAAAAGACAAAAUAGCUGGACGGAUAACCGAUUUUUAUAAUCAAUGUUCCUCAAAAAAUGUCCGACACGUUGAAUGGUGUAUGUCGUCUUCGGCUCAAGAUACCGAGAUAAAGUGGCUGGACGCGGCUAGGAAGUGCUGUGACGUGGCCAGGUCGGACGGCUGCCAACUGUCCUGUUUGGACCCGAACUCUGGGUCCCGGUCGGUGCACAAGAACUGCCAAGACGAAACGGAUUUCUUCAAUUGCCUGCAACACCAACAGGUCAAAGAUACGUGUUGCGGUGACAAAACGGACGCCGUACAGUGUCAAAUCGCGUGCGAAAAAUUCCUGGCCAACACGCCGUCCAUCAACCGACACGCGGCCAACCAGGAAAUCCUCGACCUGUGCUCGGCCGACCGACGGGACACUCGUUCCGCCACCACCGCCACCACAUCGGUCGAGCUGCACCGCCGGUGUACCCGAAAUACGACUGCCAGACGACCGUCAUCAGACGGACACAAAUACUUGCACUGUUGCAAGUUGGCCUCGGACACGCAAUGCGAACAAGCCUGUCAGGACAGCCUGCGCAGAAAAUUCGACUCAGACGUAGAGGCAGUCGACAGUUUGGAGGGCAGAGGAUGCGGAUCACCAUCGUUGGAUGACCGGUUUUGGCAAUGUUUCUUGCAAAGCGAACGGGCAGAGCAGAAAGAUACGUCGGCGCCGGCACCGAUGUCACAAAUAGAGAAACUCGGCAUGGACAGCGUGAAACUGCAUUGUUGUGAUAAGGCCACUAUAGCGGGAUGCCGCAAGCUUUGUUUGAAGACGUUCACUAACGAAUGGUCUUCGUCGUGGAACGACUUCAACUCCGAAUGUUUGUCGCAUCCCAACGAAGAUCAGCUGCUCAAGUGUUUGGACGACGUCGAAGAACCGUGCGAUCUGGGCUGCGACGGACUGAACUACUGUACGGUGUUCAACAACAGGCCUACUGAGCUGUUCCGGAGUUGUUCGCCGCAGACGGACGACGCGGCCCACUACGACAUGACGCUGUGGCGUCAGCGUGGCACCAUCACGCUGUUCAAUUACGAGCUGCCGCUGAAGAACAUCACAAAGUGCCUGCCCGAUAGCUGGAAGGCCGUGGCCUGCAUCCUGCAGAUACGGCCGUGCACCAGGCAAUCUCACGUCAACAAAAUUUGCAGGGACGACUGCCUAGAGCUAUUGAGCACGUGCCUGGACUGGACGAACUCGGCGCCAGGGCUGUCGGCGAACGCCCUUUGCGCACGGUUGUCACCCAUCUCCGGGCCUUGCGUGCCGCUCGGAGCUUUCGCGGAACUCGAGGCACCCCGUCCGGCGCCGCCCCGACUACAGACGGACCUACAGCACGCGGCGGUAGAAGACUUACCGGAAGUGACCACCCCGUGCAAGCGGAACCCCUGCGCACCGGGCUCGGUGUGCCUGGUCAACCGCGGUUGCAGGAUCGGCCGCGGGUGCAAGCCGUACCGAUGCGUGGCCGGGUGCAAGGCGGGCGAGGUGUCGCACUUCCUCGUGCCGGAAGACUCGUACGCCCGCAUACCGACGUUCAACGGGCAAAAGGGAUGCGUCAAGAUCUGCUUGUGCACCAAGAGAGGCAUCGAAAAGUGCCAGCAGGUGCCUUGCUCGCAGAUACAGUCCUGUUGGCUGGUCGGCAAACCGAUCGACCACGGAUCCACGUUCGAGAUGGACUGCAACACGUGCAACUGCUUCGCCGGCGAGAUCACUUGCACGAAGAAACACUGCGAGCCCGCGACGGUAAACGCCGUGUCCCGGUACAGGCACACCGGACUGCCGUGCAACUGUGCCCCACACCACGUGCCCGUCUGUGGUUCCAAUGGCAACACGUACCCCAACUCGUGUUUGGCCAAGUGUGCCGGCCUGUCAGAUGUGGACCUCAAGUUCGGCACUUGCUGGAACGACGAUCCGUGCGCCGGCGACAACGCUUGUCGUUCGGACGAGAGGUGCGUGCCCGCCCGUCAGGUGUGCUUGUCCAUGUUGAAGAAGUCUUGCGUCCAAUACAAAUGUGUUUCAGAGAAGACAUCGUGUGACGACGCACCUAAAAGCGUUGUGUGCGACACUGACGACGGGGAACACUCAAACCUGUGCCACCUGUUGCGGUCCGGCAAAACGCUUGCAUACAGCGGCCCGUGCCUGGUGGGAUGCAACUCGACGGGACGCGUAUGCGGCGUGGACGGCAACACUUAUCCGUCUGAGUGUGUGGCCUUUGCGGAAUCAACGAGCGUCGACUACCCGGGACCGUGUGCAUCUUCCGGGUUCAUCGGGCAUAACGGUCGGCCCUACUGCGCGGCUAAGGGUGCGGUAGACUGUCCGAAACUGCCUCAGCAAGGAUGUCUGGGCAUCACGCCACCGGGGGCCUGCUGUCCCAAGUGCGCCGGAGCUCUGCAAAUACUCUUCAGUCAAAAACAAGUUGACCGAGUGAUGCAUACGCUGAAAAGGCCAUCGGUGAACGCGUUGAACACGAAGUCUGUUCUCCGGGCUUUAGACAGACACGUGCUUGUGGCUGAGUGUGUGGUCCGUGGCCACCUGACCAUGUACCAGGACCUACUGGUGCUCGUCGAGUCCACGGUCCGGAACCCGACCAGGCUCCAACUUGAGGCGUGCAUCAGAGAGUCAGAGAAGCUGGCCACGCUGCUGGAGACGUCCAGUCCCCGGGUCAUGAUUGACCUGAGUCUCAGCACGCUCAUCUCUGCCAGUCCAGUGCACGAGAUGGUCACCGACGGCGAUGCCAGCGAUGCCGCCCCCGCCUUUGAUCUUCGGGCCCACGUCGCCGCCACGAUCACGUCGCUGAUUCUGACACUGCUCAUUCGUUAA